AUGAGUGAUGAGAUUCAAACUUCUCCAGUUCAGCAGGAGGCUCAGGUUCAACCUCCAGAGAAACCUGAGGAGGCACCAACACAGCCUAUAGAGCCAAAUGUGGAGGUUGUAGAUCAAUCAUUAAGCCAUCAUGAAAAUAGUCCCCCUCCAAGUAAGAAUGAAGCUCAGCCUUUAAAUUUGCCCAGUGUCACAGGUAAACCUAUGGACGUGACAAUUACGUUAUCUGCAGAGAUCAGUAAUGAGACUGAACUUUCUUCAAUGCAGCAGGAGGCACAGGCUCAACCUCCAGACUCAUCUGUGGAGUCCCUUGCUCAACCAUUUCUGCAUCCCCAAGAAAAUGUUCCAUCUCCAAGUCAGAAUGAAGUGCCGCACUUAAACAUUCCCACUGUCAUUGCUAAGCCUGAAGAUGGAACAGUUUACAUAUCUCCAGAGAUAACUAUUGAGGUUGAACCUGUUCCAAUCCAGGAGAUAGCCCCAGCUCAGCCUCCACAAUUGUCUUCUUCCAUCUCUCAAGAGACCCCAGCUCAGUUGAAAAAUGAAGCUCAGCUCUCAAACUUGCCCCAUGUCACUAGUAAGCCCACGACUGUGGUAGUUACCACAACUCCAGAGGCCAAUGAUGAAAUUGAAUCCUCAGUCCAGGAGACUGAAUCAUCAGUCCAGCAGCAGGCCCAAAAUGAAGCCCCAGAGAUCUCUGAUGUAACAGAAUCUUCAUCUAUCCUGACAGAGGCCCAAAAUAAAACACCAGGACUCCCUGGGUUCCCUGGCAUGACUACAUUUCCAUCAGACCUGAAUGAGUCUCACAAAGAAACCACUGAACAUUCUGAGUUGGAAGAAUCUUCAUCAGUUCUGCAGGAGGCCCAGGAUCAAAGUUCAGAAAAUUCAGAAUUACUUCCUAUGUCCAUGGAUCAAUCUACCCAAUUUACAGAUGACCAUGAUAAUUACAUCUUAACCACUCAAGAGGGUCCAGUAAGCCCUCAUCUUCUAACUCAGUUCCCAACAUUUUGGAAUUCUGAUUUCAAACAUAAAAAAUCAAAAAGUCAUCCGUUGAUACCUCAAAUUACAAGGAAGCAUCAAGCUCCUCAUCAUAAAUCUGUGAAAUUUGAACAUACUAAGACAAUUUCAUCUUUUGUAACCCAGCAGGAAGCCAUACUUAAGCUUCCUGCACAUCCUAAGGUAGAAAAUUCAACUCAGCAAAGUACACCCCCUAAGCUAAAGACCACUGAAUCUACUGUAGUGACAGAAUAUACAGCCCAAAAGGAGAGACCCACCCAGACUCCAAAGAAACAGGAGACAACAGUUUCACCAGGUCCCCAUCAUGCUCAACAUCCACACCCCAGUAUUAUGGUCAAACCUAUAAAUGUGGCUGUUACUGUGACUGUACACCCUGGCGCACAGGCAGGGCAUUCUCCAAUUCUAGACCAAACCACAACUCGUUCAGUCUCCCUUUCAAAAGUAAAACCUUUACCCCAGAAUGAGGCCCCAGCUAAGCACCCUCAAAUUCCCAAGGUCAGACUUUUAUCACAACAUAAGUCCUUAGCUCAGUAUCCACAUGAGAUUAGACCUUUAUCACAGCAGGGGACCUCAGACCAAUCUCUGGGGUUUACAAGCAAAGUCAAACAUCUACACCGACGAGAAACCAUAGCUCAGCCUAUAGUUUCCCCUUGGAAGAUGGGACUUUUGGCUCUGCAAGACAUUCCAGGUCAGUAUUCAUCCCCCCCAGCAAUGGUGAUACCUUCUGCAAUCCAGCAGAGAGUGCCAACUGAACCUAAAGAACUUCAGUCUCCUGAAAAACAUCAGGAGGGCCUACUUAAGCAUCCAAAGCCUACAAGGGUGUCCCAAAAUAAACAAGCAGAUCCACCUUCAGAUCCACCAGAAUAUCAGGAAAUGACAGAUUCAUCUCUAGAUUUGAGUGAAGCUCAGCUUUCAGUAUCAUCUAAAAUCAAGAUAGGGAUGAAGGGUACUACUAAGAUUAAACCUCCAAUAAACAAGGAAGACUCCGUUCAGCAAGCAGUCAACUCUGAAAAAGUUGAAUCUUCUCUGGGCCAACAAGAGGCCAUACCUCAGACUCCAGAUCCUCCGGAGGUGGAAUCUUCCUCAGUUCAACAGGAGGCCCAAACUGGCCCAUCAGCACCCUCUAAAUUUAAAAAAUCUGUUGCUGAGCAGGUCUUGAAUCCACCUCUAAAGAUUAUUGCAAAGAUAAGAUUUGCAGCUCACACGGAGGCACCCCAGUAUUCAACCUCUCAGGAAAAUCCAAAUGAGUCUCCUUUACCCAAUGAAGAAAACACAACUCAGUCUAUAGAGCACCCUGAGAAGAUAGAAGCAUCUCCUGCUCCCCAGGAGAACCAAUCACAAUCUCCAGCCUCCCAGGAGGUCCCAACUACAUCUGGAAUUCCUAAUGAGACGAUAUCAUCUCCAAUGCAGGAGACCUCAGCUCAGUUCCCAGAGUCCUCUGAAAAGACAGAACUGUGUCUAACUUCCCAGGCGGUUCCAACUUCACUUCCAGACUGCUCUGAGAAUACAGAAAUAACUUCAGGCCAGCAGAAUGCAACUACGAAGACUUCAAAGUCAUUUACAGCCCAGAGUGAGGGGACGGCUAUACCUUCAGGACAGAAUCAAACUCAGCUUUCAGAUUUGUGCAGUACCAGUCCAGUUACUUCUGGCCUGGAACCUAUGCAAGAGACCCUCACAGAGCUUUCAGAGCUAACUACUGAUAUUGUGAUGCAAGUUUCAGAGUGUACAGACUCAACAGUUCCAGCACCAACUCAGCAUCCAUCAUCAGCCCAGGCCACUACUACAAUAGCACAAUCAACUGAGGGGGACCAAUCUCUAACCCCAAAGAAGACGACCACGCCUACAGAGCACUCUGAGGUGCAGAUUAAGGUUACCACGCAGGAGAUCACAACUCAAGCUAGUGAUCAAGACCAGUCUUCUGUAAAUUAUGCCAGAAGUGUAACUCUUGAAGAGGUGGUGGAAACUACAGCCUCAAACACUACUGAAUCUGUUGACAUGGCACUUUCCCUGCAGCCUCUGAGUCCUUAUACAAACCUGAGUGAAGUCAUAUUUCCACUUAUAGAUGAGGGUGUUAAUGCAACUGAAGGGCCCAAUGCAGAGACUUUGGAGUCUUUGGUCACAACUCCAACCAUGUCAGAGACUUCAGCUGAGGCUUCAAAGCCCCUAAAAGAUGAAGUAACAGUACUGACAAGUAGCACUCUGACAAGCCCUCCUGAGGCAACGUCCGAAGAACAGGUUGAGCAAGGGCAGACUGAUCUGGAGGUUACAGCUCCAACCACUGUCAGAGACUUCAACUCCGUAUUCAAAGCCCCCAAAAGAAGAUGA